CUCUCUCCAGCUCUUUCCCACUAGGCGGGUGAGCGAGUGCGGCGCGGCGGCGGCCGGCUUGGCCGCGGUGUUCUAUGGGAUAGUGGUGGAUAGAGGCUAUCCUCGGUUCAGAGCGCUAGGGCCAGGCAGGAGCAGGGAAUGAAGAUGGCGGACGCCAAACAGAAGCGGAACGAGCAGCUGAAGCGCUGGCUCGGCUCCGAGACCGACCUGGAGCCGCCCGUGGUCAAGCGCAAAAAGACCAAGGUGAAGUUCGAUGACGGCGCUGUCUUCCUGGCCGCCUGCUCCAGCGGGGACACGGACGAGGUGCUGCGGCUGCUGGAGCGGGGCGCCGACAUCAACUACGCCAAUGUGGACGGGCUCACCGCACUGCACCAGGCUUGCAUAGAUGAUAACGUAGAUAUGGUGAAAUUUCUGGUGGAAAAUGGAGCAAACAUUAAUCAACCAGAUAAUGAAGGUUGGAUACCUCUACAUGCGGCUUCAUCCUGUGGAUAUCUUGAUAUAGCAGAGUAUUUAAUUAGUCAAGGAGCACAUGUAGGAGCUGUGAAUAGUGAAGGAGACACUCCAUUAGAUAUUGCUGAGGAAGAGGCAAUGGAAGAGCUGCUUCAAAAUGAAGUAAAUAGACAAGGGGUUGAUAUAGCGGCAGCUCGAAAAGAAGAAGAACGGAUAAUGCUUAGAGAUGCAAGACAGUGGCUUAACAGUGGCCGUAUAAAUGAUGUCAGGCAUGCAAAAUCAGGUGGUACAGCACUUCAUGUCGCUGCUGCUAAAGGGUAUACAGAAGUUUUAAAGCUUUUAAUACAGGCUGGCUAUGAUGUAAAUAUUAAAGAUUAUGAUGGCUGGACACCACUUCAUGCUGCUGCUCACUGGGGUAAAGAAGAAGCAUGUCGAAUUUUAGUGGAAAACCUGUGUGAUACGGAGACUGUCAACAAAGUGGGUCAGACAGCAUUUGAUGUAGCAGAUGAAGAUAUUCUAGGAUAUUUAGAAGAAUUACAAAAGAAGCAAAAUCUGCUUCAUAGUGAAAAACGGAAAAAGAAAUCUCCCUUAAUUGAAUCUACAGCCAACAUGGAUAAUAAUCAGUCACAAAAGCCAUUUAAAAAUAAAGAAACUUUGAUUAUUGAGCAAGAAAAGAAUGCAUCUAGUAUUGAGUCUCUGGAGCAAGAGAAAGCAGAUGAGGAAGAAGAGGGAAAGAAGGAUGAAUCCAGUUGUUCAAGUGAAGAGGAUGAGGAAGAAGACUCAGAAUCUGAAGCUGAAACAGACAAAACCAAACCUUUGCCAUCUGUAACUAAUAAUACAAAUAACAUCAGUGCACAACCAGCUUCUGUAGCUGUGACAGCAUCUUCCAUAACCACUGGUCAAGUGACACCUACAUCACCCAUUAAGAAGUAUGAUUUCAUUCCUCCUAUCAUGCCUGUGGCGGAGUCAGUACAUCCUGCAUCAUGGAGGCAGGGCUUGCGCAAAACUGGCAUUGUUCUUGUGCCCAAUAAGGGUGAAAAGUCUAUGUUUCCAACUUCAACAACCAAGGUUUCUCCCAAAGAGGAAGAGAGAAAAGAUGAAUCUCCUGCCUCUUGGAGGUUAGGUCUUCGAAAGACUGGCAGCUAUGGGGCACUCGCAGAGAUUACAGCUUCCAAAGAAGCUCAGAAAGAAAAGGACUCUACAGGUGUUAUGCGUUCGGCUUCAAGUCCCAGACUCUCUUCUUCAUUAGACAACAAAGAAAAGGAGAAGGAUAAUAAAGGAACUAGACUUGCAUAUGUUGCACCUACAAUACCAAGACGACUGGCCAGUACAUCUGACGUUGAUGAGAAAGAAAACAGGGAUUCAUCUGCUAGCUCAAUACGUAGUAGUGGUUCUUACACAAGAAGAAAAUGGGAGGAAGAUGUCAAGAAAAACAGCUUGAAUGAAGGACCUACAUCACUAAAUACAAGUUAUCAAAAAAGUGGCUCCUUUGGUAGAAGACAAGAUGACUUGAUUAGUUCUCAUGUUCCAAGUACUACGUCAGCACCAACAGUUACCUCUUCAGCUGGUCUUCAGAAAAAUCUGCUUUCCAGCACAAACACUACUACAAAGAUUACAACGGGUUCUACUUCAGCAGGUGUACAAAGCAGUACCUCAAAUCGUUUGUGGGCUGAGGAUAGUACUGAGAAAGAAAAGGACAAUGUUCCUACAGCAGUGACCGUUCCUGUUGCGCCAUCUGUUGUAAAUGCUACAGCUACUACCACAACCAUGACUACAACUACUUCUGGCACUGUGUCCUCCACGUCAGAGGUCAGGGAGAGACGGAGAUCAUACCUCACUCCUGUUCGGGAUGAAGAGUCUGAGUCCCAAAGAAAAGCUAGAUCCAGGCAAGCAAGACAGUCCAGAAGAUCCACACAGGGUGUAACACUGACUGAUCUUCAAGAAGCUGAAAAAACUAUAGGAAGAAGUCGUCCUACACGAACCAGAGAACAAGAGAAUGAAGAAAAGGAGAAGGAGGAGAAGGAAAAACAAGACAAAGAAAAACAGGAGGACAAGAAGGAAUCAGAAACUAAAGAAGAUGACUUUAGACAAAGAUAUUCCAGAACUCUUGAGGAGCCCUAUCAUCGCUAUAGGCCAGUUUCAACUACAACUCCAACUACGUCAUCAUCCUCUUCGCUUUCCACCUCCACUAGUUCUCUUUCUACUUCAAGUCAAGUAAACAGACCAAACAGCCUUAUAGGUAUAACUUCUGUUUAUCCCAGGAGUGGAACAAAAGAAAAUGAGAGAGAAGGCCGGAAAAAAGAAGAAGAGAAGGAAGAAGAUAAAUCACAGUCAAAAUCAAUAAGAGACAGGCGGCGACCAAGAGAAAAACGAAGAUCUACAGGAGUUUCCUUUUGGACUCAAGAUAGUGAUGAAAAUGAACAGGAACACCAGUCUGAUUCAGAAGAAGGAACAAAUAAGAAAGAAACCCAGAGUGAUAGUCUUUCACGAUACGAUACAGGAUCAAUCAGCACAUCAUCAGGCGACCGUUAUGAUUCACUGCUGGGGCGGUCUGGGUCACAGAGUUACUUUGAAGAACGAAAACCAUAUUGUAGUAGGCUAGAAAAAGAAGAUGCAACUGACUUUAAAAAGCUUUACGAACAGAUUCUAACUGAAAAUGAAAAGCUGAAAGCACAGUUACAUGAUACCAACAUGGAGCUGACGGAUCUUAAACUACAGUUGGAAAAGGCCACUCAGAGACAAGAAAGAUUUGCUGACAGGUCACUCUUGGAAAUGGAAAAAAGGGAACGAAGAGCUCUAGAAAGACGGAUAUCUGAAAUGGAAGAGGAACUCAAAAUUCAAUCUUUGAGACAUUUAAAUGAGCGACUGCUGGCUGAGAAUAGGGCCUUGACCAGAGUGGUUACAAAGCUCUCAGGGUCCUGUAGGCAACUACGUUCUGUGGACUUAUGCUACCAGACUUGAAGGCAGACAACCAGAGGCUAAAAGAUGAAAAUGGGGCCUUGAUCAGAGUUAUAAGCAAACUUUCCAAAUAAAAAGGUUUACUACAGCAGCAAAACGGUAUUGCACAUAUCUAGUAACUCCAGUGGACCAUGAUGUGGCAGUCACUGGAAGCUUGGGAAGAUUCCUUGGAGACUGUCAUUUUCAGAUAUCCUGCCAAAUGCCCUCUUACCUGUGUUCUUUUUAUCAGGAUCAUUGUUUCAUGUUAAAGUGCAGCUGCUGAGAAGAUAAAAUGACUGAGAAAUCUUGUUUACAGCUACAGCAAAUAAGGAAAGUGUUCAAGGCCAGAUAUGCCUCAGAUAUUUAACCAGUAAAGCCUUAGUUGUACAUAAACACUUUUUGCAUCAACAAAAGCUUUCAGCUCUCACAGAAGACAGUUACUCAUGUUGUGCCACAGUUCAUAGUUUUUCUAUACUCAGUUUUUUCUUUACAUCUACGUUUGGAUUUGUGUUUUCCCUUUUAAUUAUUCAUGUACCAGUUUUUUUUCUUGUACAGUGUUUUCACGGCUUUAUCAUUUGCAGAGACCACACAACCCUUUAAAAUACAUCUUUGUGUUGCUAACUAGAAUUGUAUUGUCCAACCACCUGGAACAGAAAUGUUUGGUGGAACAUUUGCUUUCACUGUUUGUGCAAUAUGCAUUUAUUUCCUAUACACGAUGCUUUAAAGUCAGUUGAAACUAGAAUUAUUUUACAAGUCCUGUUUUCUGCCUUUAUUGGUCACUUUAAAAAAAAAAAAAAAAGUUUGUAGUGAAACGUGUUAGAUCCUGUAAUCUUCACAUUCAUUUUAGCAGGUACUGAGUGAUGCUGUAUAUAUAAAUGUGUACUGUUUUGAUUUUCAGACCACCACGUGGCAUGCUUGAAUAUCUUCCCUAUUGCAAAUGUCUGCUAAUGCAAAUUAGGCUACUCCAGAAUAGUGUGUUUAACAAAGUUCAUUGAUUUUUAUGGUAUAAUGAAUUUACACAUUGUACAUUGUACGGAGCCCUAUCUUGACAAAAGGUUUGAACUAUAAAAUACUUUUAUUACCUUCUUCCUCCCAUUUUUUCAUUUGAUAGUGUUCACCAUAAUAAAAGUUACAUAAAUAUAACUGCUUCACUACAUUUCACAUACCUGUAUUUAUCUGAGUGCUGUCCAAAACUGUUGUGCUAGCCAAAGUAAAGUUACUAAAUCAUUUGAAAAACCUAACCCAUUACACUCACAAUGUUUAUAUGCACUGUUAUUGCCAUGUGAAAAGGCAUCUGAGUUGAUACCACCAUCAUGUUCAGACCAUUUUAUACAUUUCAGAGGCCUUUUUUUAAAAAAGUACUUAAGUGAAGAUUGCUUUUGUUAGAAACAAACAGCUUUUAUAUUUUCACUAAACUAUACAAGAUGACAUCUUAUUGGCACAUAGACUAUUGCCUAAUACCACUGAACAGUUCAGCCAUUAAAAUAAAUUGUACAUUGUAAAGCUUGUAGUAGCUAUUGUAUUCUUGGUUAUUGUAUACUAUAUUAAAUGUGAAUUUGUACCCCUUCAUUUAAAAAGGUCAUUGUGUUCUACUGCCUACUUCUUGGGGAGGGGUUUUGUUUAAUUGGGGUGGGGAGGGUUUUUUGUGUGUGUUUUGUUUUUUUGUUUUAUUUUUGUUUUGUUUUGGUUUUUUGGUAAGGGGAACAUGUUCUUUCUGUUUGGUUUUUUGAAGAUGUAAGGUUAUGCUCUUACUACCAAGCUCAGGAUUCUUGAUUUUAAAGGUACAAGGAUAGUUUUUGAGAUAUCUUGUUAUAAUUGAUCUGUAUGAGAGAUGGGUCUGAAUAUAGGGAACCACCAUUGUCUUACGCUAACGUAAAAGGCAGAGAAUUGAUCAGUUUGAAUGGAUGCAACAUGUUCAGUUCUCUUAUGAGACACUUAGGCAUAUUCUGGAUUAUAUUUGGUAAAGUUUGGGUGCCUGUGAAUGAGUAAAUACGUGUUUCUAAUAUUUUAGUGUUUUAUAUUUAGGUUAUUUAUUCUUUAUCUAAAAACCGAACGGCUACUGUGCUAUAUUGAUUUUAUUGGUAGUACUGAGCAGACCUUGUAUCUGCAUGAAACUAGUUGCAAAACCCACUCUUUUGGAAAAAAUGUAUUUUGACAUAUACAAAUAAAAUGAAUAAAAACUAUUUUAAAUGUG